GUGCCCCCCCCCCAUACACACACACUAAUAUGCUGAACACUCUGCUAUAAGAUCACUGGUUAUUUAGCAUGGCUCCAGAUGGCCUAUGUGUUUCCUGCAGCCUCAUGGGCUUUUGUUUUAUGAAUAAUCAUAUCUCCUGUUCCAAUAUCGUUACAAUUUGAUGCAGCACAGCAUAAUAAAGAAGGGGGGCAAUGUUUUGACACAUAAUGUUGUGCAGCCCUACAGGGGUUCAUUUACUCAACCUGUAGACUAAUUGUCCCAUUCCACUCUGAGUCCCAGCUGCAGCUCGUUUAGGUCAGUCCCAGGCUCAGUGCACAUCCAUACCACUACCAGCCCAGAGGAUCAUCCAUGGAAAUGGUACCAGUGUGGGCAAAGUCAUUUUCCUGCAGUGCUCAGCUAAACACAAACUGAUUCAACACUAAUGUGUGUCAUGAGCACCAACUACACCCACUGGGUGGGGGAGAUGUACUGUAAACGUAAGCAGAAAUGGGGAAUAGAAACUGAGUCACUAAAGCAACAGUUGGUAUAGAAAGAACAGGUAGGAUUCAUUUACUUGUAACCAGGAGCACGACACCUUAUAAAUCUAUUUAUUCAUACACUUACUGUAACGGUGUGUGCAGACUAAAUGUCCCAAAUGCUUUUCCUGAGAGAACUGCAGAGGCUGCAAAAUUUCCCCUGAACUGUCUGUCUGCUCAUUAUUCUGAAGAGAUGGAAUAUACAUGAAACAUUAUGUGAAAGACAUUGUGGCUACUGGGCAGUGUUAGAUGAAGACACCUAGUAUUUGGCUUGCAAUAAGUAAUGCUUUAAAUGCUGUAAGAACACAUUUGAAAGUAAAUGAUUUGUUGCUUGGAGAUAAAACACAUUAAAGUAGAAUAUUAAUGCUAAUGCUGGCAGAAUGGAAUAAUUUCAAGCAGGUGCACAGUCAGUUAUUCUUUUAAGUGAAUGGAAAAAGUGAGAGCAGGAUAUGAAUUAUAUUUCAGAAUCAGUCAUCCUGGGAGAAAAGAAGCUGUCUGAUGUGGAAUUUAUGUUUUAUUGUCUUUUCUAUUCUGAGUGCACUUUGUAGCAAAAUGACUUUUUAUUGCUGCCAAUCUCCUCUGGUUACACAAUAAUGAAAGGUGUGAUGGUUUUGAGCAGCCUGCAAACCCUGUGCAAAGCGAUGGUGUUUUAUGUGGUUUGAGUCUGCUCUGUUUCUCUAUGGGGACAGCGGUUUCCGUUUGGCUGUGUUGGUAUCCAUUGUAAGCUCAGCCAUAAUCUUCUUCAUGUCCAUGGCCUUCAUCACUUGCUGUUUGCUCAAGUGCGUCAAAGAGGACAAAAGAAAAACGGAGGAAAGGGAGACAGAUGUGGGGCAAUUUGAGGAGCAGACCCAACAUCAGAAGGACGCCAGGUCUCACCGCAGCCAUAAAAACAGGAACAACAAUAACAACAACACACAGGAGCAGAUGCUCUCUUCAUGGGCCACUCAUGACACAGUCAUGUGUGUCAGCGUUGCGGACUGCAGAUGUCAUCAAGAGAGCGCCCCUGGUCCUCCCUGCAUAUAUGACUCCAUUCCGUCGCCCGCUGCUCUACCCGGCCAUGACUAUGCCAAGCCUGUCAUUCUCCAAACCCCAGAAUCUGCACAAGUCACUGUUCCACCUCACUACCCUGGACCUCCUCCACCCUCCUGUCACACUACAAGCCCAAACCUGGCCCAGAUUUCAGCAGCGGGGCCUGAUUUGGUGUGGCAGUAUGGAGAACAGCAGAGACAUUUGUCAGGGAUGAACUCAUCAGCCACAGAUGAGUCCAACACGUGGAGCAUGAACCAAACCAAAGAAUUUUCCUUAAGGAUUUUACCAGUGUGAGGACACAUUACAUGCCAAACUGUACCAUCAGUCAAGGAUCUAUUCACUGACCAAAUAUAUAAAACAGUGUUACCUUUAUCAUUGUGCACUACAGGAUGUAACAACUGAAUAUUCCUGGUCUUACUGAAAGUGUUACAUCUGCAGUUUUACACAGCAUGAAGGUUCUGUAGGCAUGCCAAUCUGACAGGCUUACAGCAUGUGACUUUUGUGAACUGUAGUGGCACACUGCCCCCUGCCUGAAAGGUGCAGCCAUUGCACUUUCAGGAGACCAGCCUUGUUGGAUGCCUGUAAGGUUGAGGUACUUUAUGGUCCUUUAUCAAACUUAAAUUGAAUAGUUCUGUUGACAUUAAGGUUAACAGUUAAUGUGUUGAUGGGGGAUAUGCUUCACAAUACAUUCAAGAGAGCUCAAGAAAUUGUCUGAAAAGCACUUUCCAGGGUAGGAUAGUCCACUUUGCUGAAGGAGGAGAGCAGCUGGAAAGCACUGGCAUGUAUAUCAUUUUUAAGGAAUGUAAAUAAAUCAAAGACUUCUACUGAUAAUGAGUGAGAAUGUAUUGGAAUGGAAAGAGCGCAGUGGUGUACAUUUAUUUCUGUUGGACUAAUAAAAAUGUGGA